AUGACCAGGAUGAAAAGGAUCAUUGUCAGUGUGUUGGACAUGAUUACCAGGAUCAGUGGCAGUGUGUUGGACAUGAUGACCAGGAUCAUUGUCAGUGUGAUGGACAUGAUUACCAGGCUCUGUGUCAGUGUGUUGGACAUGAUUACCAGGAUCAGUGGCAGUGUGUUGGACAUGAUGACCAGGAUCAUUGUCAGUGUGAUGGACAUGAUUACCAGGCUCUGUGUCAAAGACACCAACACGGUGGUGAGUGAGAGCACAGACAUGGUGGAUGUGAGUUCCUCCACCGCCAUCACCACUAACUUCAUUGGCCAGAAGACAGAGAAUCUGGGAGCAGAUAUGUGUGAACGAUCCUGUGAGGAACUCAGCACCAUGUUUCAGGAGCUCAAAGGACUGCGGGUUGUAGUGGGGAACCUCAUUGACGGCCUGCAGAAAGUGACCGAGGAGAACACAGUGAUGAAGGACACUCUGGGAAAGAUAAAGAACUCCAAGGAGAAACACAUGUGCUGGCAGGAUGGACGGAUGUUUGAAGAUAAGGAGGACUGGGUGGUGGACAGCUGCACCACGUGUACCUGCCAGGACUCAAAGAUCGUGUGUCACCAAAUCACCUGUCCUCCUGUAGCCUGUGCUAGCCCCUCCUUCCUCGACGGAGAGUGUUGCCCUGUGUGUCUGCCCAUGGACAGUGAGGACGGCUGGUCCCCCUGGUCAGAGUGGACAGAGUGUACUGUCACCUGUGGGACAGGUACUCAACAGAGAGGACGCUCAUGUGAUGCCACCAGUAACCCCUGCUCUGGACCAUCCAUCCAGACCAGGAAAUGCAGCCUGGGAAAAUGUGACAGCCGAGUUCGUCAGGAUGGUAGGUGGAGCCUGUGGUCUCCAUGGUCAUCAUGUUCGGUGACCUGUGGCGAGGGUCAGAUCACCAGGAUACGCCACUGCAACGCCCCCACACCACAACUGGGGGGCAAAGACUGUGAUGGCCAGGGGAGAGUGACACAGCGCUGUGAGGCCAAGCCCUGUCCCAUUGACGGUGGUUGGGGACCGUGGUCGCCAUGGGCGAUCUGCUCGGCAACCUGUGGGGGUGGAGUUAAGGGUCGGACCCGUGUCUGUAACAGCCCCGAACCCCAGUACGGAGGCCAGAAGUGCCCCGGGGAGACCAACGACAGUAACGCCUGCAACAAACAGGACUGCCCUAUCGACGGCUGUCUGUCUAACCCAUGCUUUGGGGGAGUGGACUGUAACAGCGGCUCUGACGGAUCCUGGGAGUGUGGACCCUGCCCCCUUGGUUUCCGUGGCAACGGCACCCACUGUGACGAUGUCAACGAGUGUGACAUUGUGUCAGAUGUCUGCUUUAAAGCAGGUGGAGCAUUGCGUUGCGUCAACACAGACCCAGGGUUCCACUGUCUGGCCUGCCCACCCCGCUACAAGGGAACACAGCCCUUCGGUGUGGGGGUGGAGGCUGCCAGCAAAAACAAACAGGUUUGCGAGCCAGAGAACCCCUGCAAAGACAAGACCCACAACUGUCACCGUUCAGCUGAGUGUAUCUACCUUAGCCACUUCAGUGACCCCAUGUAUAAGUGUGAGUGUAGGAUAGGCUAUGCCGGGGAUGGUUUCAUCUGUGGAGAGGACUCUGACCUAGACGGAUGGCCCAAUCAGAACCUGGUGUGUGGCGCCAACGCCACCUAUCAUUGCAGGAAGGAUAACUGCCCCAACCUACCUAACUCUGGACAAGAGGACUUUGACAAAGACGGCCAGGGAGAUGCUUGCGACAAGGAUGAUGACAAUGAUGCAAUUGUGGAUGAGAGAGACAACUGUCCUCUCCUGUAUAACCCCAGACAGUUUGACUUUGAUAAAGAUGAUGUGGGUGACCGUUGUGAUAACUGCCCCUACGAACACAACCCUGCCCAGAUUGACACUGACCACAACGGCGAAGGAGAUGCCUGUGCUGUCGACAUUGAUGGAGAUG